AUGGGUACCCAGCGGUGGGUCUUUCGGCAGCGCGCAGGAAAGUUGUGGGGAAAAGGCGGGGUCGCGCCACAUGAUUCGUGCUGUAUUGCUGAGGCAAACGGCAGGAAGCGCCAUUCUCCUUCGUCGAUCCAUUUCUGGGCCUGCAGAGUGCCCAUCGAGGCAGCGCUGAGAUGGAUUCACCAUGUGAGCCCGUCGGGCGCAGGGCGCCCUCGUGCUGCGCGGGCCCAGCAGAUGGGCCUCGGCCCGCCCCCGCCCCGAUCGGGGCCACGGGACGGCCGGAGGCCGCCCCUGGGCUCGCAGGCGCGUCUCGCGGAUCGCUGUCCUGGAGGUAGCUCCCGGGGCGUCGAGUUCGGCAUCGGCGCCGGCAGACUGGUGGUCGAAGACGUAGCUUUUCUUUUCCCGCUCAGUCCCCGGGGUUGGUCUUCGCGGGCCGCGGAAGCAUCCUGCCACGUUCGCGUUCCGCCCGCGCGCCUGCGGGCCAUCACGACAGGCCGCGAGCGACUGCUGGCCCACUCCGUCUCCUGCUGCUGCUCCACCGCCUCCUCCUGCACGCCGCGCGGCAUGGCUCUCCCGGCCGUGUGCUUGGCAUCGCUCGGACGUGUGCACUGGAAUGGACGUCCGAGCGAUGGCGAGUGUGGCCUCGCCUCCCCUCCCCUCCAGAAUCUGCCGAGGCGGCGUGCCACCCGCCCGCCGGGUGGCCGCCGCCUCCGCGGGCCCGGCCCCCGUCGGCUUCAGAAGGGGGGGCAGGGCCCUGGCAGGGAUAAGCAUGCCCUGCCUGCUAAUAGCAAGUUUGUAAGGCCAGAGGGCCCCGCAGGGCCAAGAGGGCGCUGCAGGGCUCGGAGGCCGAGAGGAAGCGUGCGUUGGAGCGCCAGAGGCGCCGCUCCGCGCGGCCCUCCUCGCAGGUCGGACGAAGGGUUGAGCCCAGCGCUUCCUCGGCUGAGCGGCGGCGCCGGUGGUUCGAUGCCUCGCCGGGGUGGGCCCGUGGCCGCUGCCCGUGCGCCCCUCCUCUGGGGCCUGCGCGCGCCGCACGCCUGGGCGGCCAGGGGCGGCGGGGCGGCGCUCGAGGCUCGGCGCCUCCCCCUGCGAUGGAGGAACGGGGAGAGCACAGGUCCCACUGACCCUGUGGUUCAUGGCUGCCCCGAGCACUCUCGCGGGUCCACAGCCCACAGCGCUGCGCCUACGGUCAAUUUUCGUCGGUGCCCGUGCCCAAAGACGCACGGCCCGAAAUAA